AUGCCUUUACAAGAUGUAACUAAUGAUCCGUCAAUGAUCGGUUGGCUACGCCAAGCUGGUCAUUCACACUUAUUAAAUGAUCAAAAUCAAUAUGCUAAUAGUUCAUCAUCUCCAUCAUUACCAAUAAUUCCUGCAGGUCGUGCUAGCGUUGAUCCUUAUCAUAAUUCAUUCAAUCGAUCAUCAUCUCAUUCUCAAGUUGUGAAUUUUAAUAACCUGUCAAAUGAUCAACAUCUAAAUUCUCGACAAUUUGUUUCAUCAACACCAUCACUGCCAAUAAUACGUGGUGGUCAGACUAGUGUCGAUUCAUAUAAUCAUUCGCCAUCUUUUACGCAAGCUGCUAGUUAUAAUCACUCAUAUGGUGGUCAACCGAAUUAUGCUUCAACUCCAACACAAUUUCAUGCACCCUAUGCGCAUCAAUAUCAAACAGAUGCUGAUAUUGAAUAUAUGAAACGUGAUCCAAAUACUCGUAUUAUACAACGUCCUUCACAUGAUGAUGUCGUUUAUAGACAACGAGUUUUUGUGAAAUAUCUACAACCUCCAACUCCUCCUGUUGCUGGUGCAAUUAUUGUUCGAGAAAAACAGUUACCUCAACAACCUCCUGAUCCACCUCUUGUUAUUAAACGUGCUCCACCACCUCCUCCAACUCCACCACCAGUUGUUAUUCGUGAACGUCCUCCACCAAUUCCACCACCUGAAGGUACUACUAUUAUCAAUAAAAUAAUUCCACCUCCACCCAAACCACCACGUCAAGUGAUUAUCGAACAAUUUCCUCAAUUACCACGCAAACCUCAAGAUGUUAUUCUAGAAAAAUGGCUUCCUGUUCCACCACGUCAGCGUCGUAUCUUCUAUGAACGUUUACCAGCUCCUAUUGUUCAUCAACCACAAGGACCGAUUGUUAUUCAACAUGGUCAACCACGUAUACAUAUUCAACGACAAAUUGUUCAAGCACCAGGUCCACAAUUUCCUUAUCAACAAGUAUCAUCUCAUAUGGAUCUCAAUCAAUUAAUAUCACCACUAGGUGUCAAUCAACAAAUCUAUUCAGCAGCACCACCUUCAUCACUUAUUUCAUAUAGUCCAUAUUCAGGAAUAGACUCAAGUUGUGGUAGUAUCAUUGGACAGCAGCAACCACGUGUAAUUACUGUACAACAAGGAUAUCCAAAUUUGAUUUCUGCACCAUCCUAUGGAAUACCAACAUCUUAUGCAUGUACAUCAAAUCCAGCCAUUGGAUUAGGUGCAUAUGGCUCCGGUCUAUCAGCUAUACCAUCUAUUGGCUAUACUCCUGGACAUUCACAAGUUUUUACUGUACCUGAACAUGUUCCAGUUGAUGGUAUUCUUCGUCAACUUGGUGUUGACCCAUAUUCUAUGUAUCAUUCACCAGAUUCACAUAGUUCAGUUGCACACGUGUGGGAUGCAGCUGCUCGUGCUAGCUCACCACAUCCACCAAUAGAUCCACAUGGUGCAGUAUCACAUGUGUGGAAUGCUGUGUCUCGUGCUAGUUCACCAUAUCCAUUAGAUCCACGUGGUUCAGUAUCACACGUAUGGAAUGCGGCUUCUCGUGCCAGUUCACCAAAUUCAUUAGAUCCGCGUGGUGCAGUGUCGCACGUAUGGAAUGCAGCUGCGCGUGUUAGUUCACCACAUCCGCCAAUAGAUCCGCAUAAUGCACUAUCACAUGUAUGGUCUGCAGCUUCUCGUGCUAGUUCACCAUAUUCAUUAGAUCCACGUGGUGCAGUUUCACACGUAUGGAACGCAGCUGCGCAUGCUAGUUCAUCACAUCCUCCAAUAGAUCCACAUAAUGCACUAUCACACGUAUGGUCUGCAGCUUCUCGUGCGAGCUCACCGUAUCCGUUAGAUCCACGUGGUGCAGUCUCACAUGUUUGGAAUGCAGCAUCACAUGCAAUUGAACAUAAUCAAUUAAAUUCACCUGCUACGAAUUAUAGUUGGAAUAAUAUGCAAAAUUAUCCUUAUUCAUAG